GGGGCUCGACCAGGCCCGGGGGGCUCCGGGGGAGGCUCGGGCUCGGGGGGGGGCUCCCACCAUGUCGGGCGAGGAGGAGGCGGCCGAGCUCACCAUCGCCGAGGACCUGGUGGUGACCAAGUACAAGAUGGGGGGGGACAUCGCCAACCGGGUCCUUCGUGCCGUGGUGGAGGCGGCGAAUCCGGGAGCGUCGGUUCUCUGCCUGUGCGAGAAGGGGGAUGCCAUGAUCAUGGAAGAGACUGGGAAGAUUUUCAAGAAGGAAAAGGAGAUGAAGAAAGGAAUUGCCUUCCCGACGAGUAUAUCCGUAAAUAACUGUGUGUGUCACUUCUCCCCCCUGAAGAGUGACCAGGAUUACAUCCUCAAAGACGGAGAUCUGGUCAAAAUCGACCUGGGGGUCCACGUGGAUGGGUUCAUCGGGAACGUGGCCCACACCUUCGUCAUCGGCGCCUCCAAGGAAAACCCCGUGUCGGGCCGCAAAGCCGACGUCAUCAAGGCGGCUCAUCUGUGCGCCGAGGCCGCCCUGCGCCUGGUGAAACCUGGGAACCAGAACACACAAGUGACAGAGGCCUGGAACAAAAUAGCCCACUCGUUUCACUGCACGCCCAUCGAAGGGAUGUUGUCGCACCAGCUGAAGCAACACGUGAUCGACGGAGAGAAAACCAUCAUCCAGAACCCCUCGGACCAGCAGAAGAAGGACCACGAAAAAGCCGAGUUCGAGGUCCACGAAGUUUACGCUGUAGACGUUCUCGUCAGCAGCGGAGAGGGAAAGGCGAAGGACGCAGGACAGAGAACCACGAUUUACAAAAGGGACCCUUCCAAGCAGUACGGCUUGAAGAUGAAAACCUCCCGUGCCUUUUUCAGCGAGGUGGAGCGACGCUUCGACACCAUGCCCUUCACCCUCAGGGCUUUUGAGGACGAGAAGAAGGCCCGGAUGGGGGUGGUGGAAUGCACCAAACACGAGCUGCUCCAGCCCUUCAACGUCCUCUACGAGAAGGAAGGGGAGUUCGUUGCACAGUUCAAGUUCACGGUGCUGCUGAUGCCCAACGGGCCCAUGCGGAUAACAAGCGGCCCCUUCGAGCCCGAGCUCUACAAGUCUGACUUCGAGGUGCAGGACGGAGAGCUGAAGGCCCUUCUACAAAGCUCUGCAAGCCGGAAGACCCAGAAAAAGAAGAAAAAGAAGGCUUCCAAGAACGCGGAAAAUGCCACCACGGGAGAGACGGCGGAGGAGAACGAGGCUGGCGACUGAGAGCCCCCAAAUCACUCAAAUGGCCCCUUUUCCCCCCAGAAAAAAAUCCAACCAGAAGCAAAAUAAUCUGGCACUGUUGGUCCCCUCAGGACUGGACAGUCUGGACUUCCCACUGACUCCAAGCAGCUCCUUUUGACUUUGCCAAGCAGGGAGGAAUCUCUCGGCCACUUCAGAUGACUGAAAAAAGAGCAGAAAAAAUAAAAAUUAGGAGUAAAAGUCACUAU